UGUCCACGACUACAAGAUGGCGGAUUUCAAGUAUAUGUCAGGUUUUGGUAAUGAAUUUACUUCAGAAGCUUUACCAGGAGCGCUGCCAAAAGGCCAGAAUAACCCCCAAAAAUGUCCAUAUGGUCUGUAUGCAGAACAGUUAUCAGGCAGUGCCUUUACGGCUCCACGGAAAGACAAUAUGCGCAGCUGGUUGUAUAGGAUUCGUCCAUCAGUUGUUCACCAACCUUUCAAGCCAGUUGCACAGGGCUAUUUAACAAAUGAUUGGAAGGAAGUUGAUCCUGAUCCAAACCAAAUGCGUUGGAAACCAUUUGACUUACCAGAGAAAGGCAGCACAGUGGAUUUUGUUAAAGGCCUUAAAACUGUUUGCGGUGCUGGUGAUCCAUGCAGUCGGCAUGGUGUUGCUAUUCAUGUUUAUACUUGCAAUGUGUCCAUGACAAACAAGUGUUUUUACAGUUCAGAUGGUGACCUUUUAAUAGUUCCACAACAAGGGACCAUCCUGGUUACCACAGAGUUUGGAAAGAUGCAAGUCAAACCCAAUGAAAUCUGUGUCAUCCAGCUUGGGAUAAGAUUUUCGAUAGAUGUCGACCAGCCCUCUAGAGGAUACAUCUUGGAGGUCUUCGAUGGACAUUUUGAACUACCAAGCUUGGGUCCAAUAGGUGCCAAUUGCCUAGCCAAUCCCCGGGAUUUCCUUACCCCAGUAGCCUGGUAUGAAGACAGAGAUGUCAAAGAGUUUACAGUUAUUUCCAAAUACCAAGGGAAACUGUUUGCUGCAACUCAGAAACACUCUCCGUUCGAUGUUGUUGCUUGGCACGGUAACUAUGCACCGUACAAGUACAACCUGGCCGACUUUAUCACCAUCAACACAGUAUCAAAGGACCAUGUGGAUCCUUCGGUAUUCACAGUUCUCACGUGUCAAAGCAACAAACCUGGUACAGCCAUCGCUGACUUUGUAAUUUUCCCUCCUCGAUGGGGCGUGGCAGAUGACACCUUCAGACCUCCCUACUACCACAGAAAUUGUAUGAGUGAGUUUAUGGGUCUUAUCUUAGGCCGCUACGAAGCCAAGGAGGGUGGAUUCUUGCCUGGUGGAGGUAGUCUACAUAGCAUGAUGACACCACAUGGACCUGAUAGAGAGUGCUUUGAGAAAGCAAGUAACGCAGAGUUGAAACCAGAGAGAGUUGCAGAUGGUACCAUGGCCUUCAUGUUUGAGUCAUCUCUUAGUAUGACUGUCACCAAAUGGGGCUUGAAAACCUGUCAGAAACUAGAUCCUGAGUACUACAAGUGCUGGCAGGACCUACAGAAACAUUUCGAUCCCAAGAAACCUUAAUUCGUUUAACUAAAUAAACACGGCUACGUUUAAAAAUAGACCUUGUCCACGAAACAAUGGCUUCAAGUCGAGGUUGGACCUGAUGUACUCAUACAUUUUACUGUAUUUUAUCCAGUCCAGACUCGACUUUUUUUUUAGAAUAUAAUUUUUACAAUAGCAUAAAUUUAGGUCCAGAAUUACAUGGGAUAAAGAUUUUUAAGAACCUCAAUGUAGUCACCGUAGGUCAGUUUCGGAGCUUCGAAAAAACAUCGAGGGCUAUACUAUCAAGUAAUAUAACUGUGGAUUUCGUUAAAAAUGAAUCUGACAUGGCAUACCGGAAGUGACGUAAUUUAAAUUAAGAUGUAAAGGAAAUAAAAAGCGCGUUUGGCAAUAAUAUUUAUAGCGGCGCGGUUGGGAAAUAAACAUUUUCUAUUUCAUGCUCUUCAUGAAUGUCAAACUUAAA